AUGUUGGCUUCGCCAGGUCAUUCCCCGCGCCACAUCAGCUCGCCUCCUCCCUCUUCCGAUCCUCCUUCGCCUCCUUCCGCUUCUAAGGACUCACCUCCUGCAAAAGCCGCUUCAGCCAAAUCAUUACCUCUUACCACCGCACUUACCUCUGCCGCUAUCGUUCCUUCCGCCACCCCUCGGCGCGGGGAGCUCAUGGGUCCGCCUCCCGCCAAGCGCCCGCGUCCCCGUCGCGCGCCCGUUGUUCUUGACGAGGACACGUAUAUCGAAGCAAUUGAGAGGAUCGUUCAGCGGGAUUACUUUCCGGAUUUGCCACGGCUCCAGAACCGGUUGGAGUGGUUGGAAGCGGUACGAUCCGGUGAUCCCGUGCAGAUUCGCGAGGCACAGGUGAAUAUUUUAAGAAGGCGCGCGGAAGCUUCUGCUGCUGGUGGGGAUUCGAGCCGCGGUAGCGGUCGAGGCGGUUCGUCAGUUGGGGGUACUCCUAGGUCCUCCCUGUCGACUCCCGCGCUUUCCGCGGGCGCUCCCAGUCCCGCGCCUAGCCUCUUAUCCGAAGGUGGUUUAAGGACGUCGGAAUGGGAUAGAGACGAGGAGAGACUAACAGGGCGGAGGAUAGGUAGCAGGGAGAGAGUAGCGGGGGAUUCAGCAGCAGCAGCAGCGGCGGCCGCGGCGGGAGCAGUGGGGACGGAUGGAGUCGGGGAGAUUGGAGAGGGAGAGGGGGGCGGAGGACCCGAUACAAGCCUGUCGCUUGACGAAUUUGUUAAGAGGUACACCAGCGAGGAUAACGCUUCGUUUGUGGAGAUUAAGGAGAAGGAUAAUCGGCGGCGCAUGGCUAAGGUAGCGCAUCUGCUAGCAUUAGAACAGGGCCCAGGGAAAGGAGCGGAAGGGGAAAAAGGGGGGGAAGGCGGAGCAGGGGUGAAGCAGUUGACUGGCUCAGGAGAAACGGUGAAGCUUCUAACGGGGACGGGUGAGAACGAGGAUCGGAAAACGGACGGGUUUGGGUCGUCGGGGCAACCGACUAGUACACUCGAAACGUGGAAAUACACUGCGCGUAAUGCGCUUAUGUACCCGGCUGCUUGUAGAGAGGAUGCCCCUUUUUCCGUGCGAGAAAAGGAACUACGAUCAGCAGGGCCGCCUAAGGAAGUCCAUAAAGCGAACACGAGGUUUCACGGAAGUGUUACGGGUGGUGGUAACCAGGCGGCGCAACAGCAGAAGCAGCCGCCAGAGGAAGUCGCUGCAGCACUGUUCACGCCGUUACCGGGGGGAACCCCUUUGCCUUACAUUGACCCUUCGGGGGAGCGCGAUGGGAGAAAGAGAUACGACUUGGAGGAUUUGAGGAGAACACCUGUAGGAGUGGGGGUAGCAGGAGGAGCAGGCGGAGGGGGGGUAGGAGGAGUGGGAAGAGGUGAAAGGGGGGGAUAUGAGUAUGUAGCAACACCAUCUCCUGCUCCUGGCGUUGAUGCCUCCCCUUUCAUGACCUGGGGAGAGCUAGACGGCACCCCUCUGCGUUUAGACGCUGAGGACACUCCAGUGGGGUUCAACGAGGUGGGGAUGGGUGCUGGGGGCCCGCAAUUCACCAUGGCUGCUGCACCAGCGAGGGAUGAAGCAGGGGUGAAGCUGUCUCGGUCGGCUGGGAGGAGCAUUCGAGAGAGAAGGCUGAGAGCUGCUGGGUUGACUCCUGUGAGAGGGGCUGGAGGAGGAGGUGGGGGAGGGGGAGGAGGAGGAGGGAUGAUGUCGCCUUUCGUGUCUCCUGGACUGAAAGGCACGCCUGGGGGUGGUGCUGGUGCUGGGAUGGGCGCGUGGGGAGGGCAAAGUCCCCUGGUGAGCGGAGGAGGGGGUUUAGGAGGGCCGUCGGGAGGGGGAUUAUCAGCAGCAGCACAGAAGCUUGUGUCUCGAGCGAUGAAAAGGAGUAAAGUAAUUGUGGAUCCGAAGCUGAGAGCGAGUUACUCCGCUUCUCCUGCUGGGGUUGGGAGUGGGGGGAGUGCGGGGAGGGACGGGAGGAGUAGGAGCAGGAGCAGGAGUAGGAGUGUUGUGGGGACUCCGGAGCAGAGGAGAGGGGGGUUGGGGACGCCUGGUUCUGCUGCUGCUGCUGCUGCUGCUGCUGCUGACUCGCCUAUUGUGAUUCGGUCGUUGAGAGGGACGGUUCUGAAUCCCAACCCUGCCACACCGCCGCCAUCGGUGUUGCAUAAGAAAUGA